GAAAGAGAAAAUUUGACAUUUCUUUCACUCUUUAAUGCGCAACCUUGUAGUCCUCGGUGGAUCUUCUCAUCCGGAAUUUACCAAAAAAGUAUGUGAAAGACUUGGUAUUUCACCUGGCAAAACUGUCUUGGGAAAGUUUUCAAAUAAUGAAACAAGUGUCGAAGUAAAAGAAUCCGUUCGCCAACAGGACGUUUAUAUUAUUCAAAGUGCUUGUGGCAACGUGAACGAUAGCUUUAUCGAGUUGCUUCUUAUGAUCAAUGCUUGUAAAGUGGCUUCUGCAAAAAGAAUUACUGCUGUUAUCCCUUACUUUCCAUACUCUCGACAGCCUGAUGUUCCUUUUAAACCUGCUGGGGCGCCACUUACCUUUCGACCACCCCAGACACCACAAUAUCAACCUAACCAACCAAAUAAAGUAGACGACGUAUCAAAACAGUUAAUGCGUAAGCUAGGACAACAGGCAGCUAUGGAACAACAAGAGGAACAAGAGAAAGAAAAUGCACCCUAUCGAGAGUGGCUUGCUCGUCCUGGUGUUCUAAUUGCUGAUUUAUUGAUCUGUGCAGGCGCUGAUCAUGUUAUUACUAUGGACUUGCACGAUGCCCAGUACCCUGGUUUUUUUGAUUGCCCUGUUGAUAAUCUCACAAGCAUAUUUACAACAAUCAACUACAUAAGACUGAGUAUUCCUGAUUAUACUAAUGCUAUUAUCGUUUCACCUGAUGCAGGUGGAGCUAAAAGAGCUACUUCAAUUGCAGAGAAAUUGUGCAUGGAUUUUGCGCUAGUUCAUAAAGAGCGUCCCAAGGCACAUCAAUCUCAAAAGAAAGAAUCCAUGCUUGUUGGAGAUGUCCGUGGUCGCAACUGUAUCUUGAUUGACGAUAUUACUGACACAUCCUACACAAUUACUAAAGCAGCACGAUUACUUCGAGAAAAAGGUGCUGAAAAGAUCUAUGCAAUCGUUAGCCAUGCUGUGCUAUCGGCCGACGCUGUGGAUCACAUCAGUCAAAGUGCAAUUGAUGAACUCAUUGUCAGUAAUUCGACGCCACAGGGAGCACAUAUGAAUAAUCCAAAAAUCAAAGUAUUUGAUGUGACACCUUUAUUUUCAGAGGCUAUUCGUCGUACCCAUUUCGGUGAAUCUUUAUCAAGGCUAUUUGAAGCUUAAAUAUUCGACUUGGCAUUGACAUGUAAAAUGUUGGCAAUAUCCUCAAAUAAAUUAUUCAAUCCCCCUAUAUAUAAAGUAGGGGUUUAGAGACUCU